UUUCUGAAUUAGAGGAAAUGCAUAGCACGGUGACCAAUGAGAAGCGCACGUAGAUUUUGUACUGACCAAUUACAGUCGAGUUUGUUGGUACGAAGGGUUGCCUGUUGGUUUCCACGGUAACGACUUACAAACAAAUGGAGGACAAAAACAUGGCUGCAAUGAGCCAGCGGCGCAUCAUGUCUCACAGCUUGCACGAGCGAGCAAUCGCCAAUUUCAGGCAACAGGAGGAGAAACGUGAGGAUCACAAGAGACGUGUGACCAAAGAUAAGCAGAUUCGUGCCAAUCUCAAAAAUGAAGAGAGAGUGGAGAUGAAAAGGUAUCUGCGCACAUUGCAAGAUGAGGAGUAUGAGAGACAAAUGGAGGAAUCUUACUUAAAGGCAGAGCAGGACAGGAUGCACAAGGAGAAGCUAUUGGAGCAGGAGGAGAGGAUGGCAAAAGAACUGGCCCGUAUAAACUAUGAGAAAAUUCGAGAUGAGAAAAUGAGGCAGUGCAUCAAAGCAAACAGUGUGGAGAUUCGGGAGUUAGAGGCAAAGCUGAAAUCGGCUUAUCUAAACAGAGCAAGAGCAGCACAAAUAGCUGAGAAAGAGGCUAUCAGGUUUGAGGCCAUGAAGGAGCAAGCUGACAUUGUGCGCAGGAUGAAGAGUGAAGAGGAGCAAGCAGCAAUAGAGCAGGAGAAGCAGGAGCAGAGGCGCUAUGAGGAAGUGGUUUGCUAUCAGCAGGAACUAGUGAAGCAGCUGGAGGAGAGGGAGAGGAUGAGACAGGAGUCAUAUGAUGAGUUCCUCAAGGAGAAACUCAUGGUGGAUGAAAUUGUGCGAAAGAUAUAUGAGGAAGAUCGCAAGAAGCAUGAGCUCCGGCUCGAAAUGGUCACGGCCACACAGCGAUACAUUGAAGAGUUCAAAAAGCAGCAGGCUGAGUGGAGGCGCCUGGAAAGAGAGAAAAUGGAGGAGGAGAACCGGCGAAUUUUGGAGUAUGCUAAAUACCAGGAGAGGAAAGAAGAGGACAGGAUGACUAGUGUUAGACAGAGAGACACAAUUAAAGAGAAACUUCAAAAGUUUCUGACUGAGAAGAUUGAAAAUGAACAGAGGCAGCGGGAAGAGAUGGACCGUGCCCGUGAUCUGCUUUGUCUUGAGGAGCAGGCAGAGGCUGACAGACAGAAAGAAAUUGAGGAGAUGGAGCGGAGAAUCCGGCAGAGGCUGGAGCUGCAGCAGACCUGCCAGGAACAGUUGGCCUUUAAACAACUGCGCCUUCAGGCUGAAAAGGAGGAGGAGGAAGCUUUCAGGCUCACGAUGCUGGCCAAGUUUGCUGAAGACGACCGCAUUGAGCAGAUGAACGCUCAGAAGCGGCGCAUGAAACAGCAGGAGCACAAACGUGCUGUGGAGCAGCUAAUGGAGGAGAGGAAACAGAAAUACCUGGCUGAUAAGGAGAGAGAGGCAGAGGAGCGAGCAAUUGAACAGGAGAGAGAAACUCAGCGUCGAGAGAUCAUCGAGGAGGAGAGACUGAAGCUCCUCAGGCUUCACGCUACAAAGCUGUUGGGGUACCUACCAAAGGGAAUUUUUAGGGAGGAUGAUUUGGAGCAUUUUGGUGAAGACUUCAAGAGCAGUUUCCGGACGUUCGACAAGAGCUGUGGAGAGGAUGAGCAAUAACGCUGAUCAACUUGUGACCACUAGAUGGCAGACAUAAAUGAUUUUACAAGUAGUUUAUUACUAGUUCUAAGCAAAGAGCUUUUUACAUUUUAAAAUCACAUAGUGUAAUAAACUGUCCAAAGUAUAAAUAUACAAGAAAAACAUCCUGAAUUAGGAGGAAGCACUCAUUGUCAUGCUUCUCAGGCACCCCAUGACCCGAGUAGUUCGGAUAAGCAGUAGAAAAUGAGUGAGAGUGAGAGUAUUAGAAAUAAUUUACAUAUUUAAAAACAGCAUUGAAACAAUCCCAGGUUUGCUCUUAAUCUUUGAGGAAAUUCUUUUUUCUAAGCUAUUGUUUUUAAUGGUUUGACUUUGUGACUACCUUUUAAUAAUCUAGUGAAAUAUUUUGAAAUUAUAUAGACUGCAUUUCACUACAUAGGAAAUAAAAGUAAAAGGGAUUAGAGAGUAAUACACAUAGGGAUCUUCUUAUUUCCAUUAAGGUGCUGUUUGAGAGUUAUUUGUGCCUUUAUUUUGUCCAAGGAGCUUAGCAUUUGAUAAAUAUGCAUUUUUGACCUGGUUCCUCUUCAGAUAUUCAUAUGCUUUCUAAUAAGUUAACAGUAAAUUAAUCCAGUAAGCAAUCAGAACAUUUAGAGAUUCUCUUAUAACUAAUACAGGAAGUAAAUAAUUAAGAAAUAAAACACAAUUUGCAGUUUACAAUUUUGCAUGAACAGCUAUACUCUUAACUAUGGCUGUCAAAUAUAAUGUCGUUGAACAUCCACAAGUCCUCUGAAGACUCAGAAACCUUCCUGACUGUUAAACCAAGCUCAGACACUGGAGAACUCUUCCAUAAAUUUGAAAUAAAUAUCAUCUUAUUAAAAAUGUCACUAUGUAGUAUUAUAUAUUGUUGGAGUUUAUAUUGAGUGUUCCACUUGCAGUUUAGUCUGCAGUUUAGUUAUUUUUUUUUUUAAAUACAUAAAAUAAAUGUACAUGAAUAAAGUGAUUUCUGAAGUGCACAGAAGUAAACAACAGGUGUGGCAAACUAUUUUAAAAAGAUUCCCUGCAAAUAAUAAUGCAUGUUACUUUAUAUUUCAUUAACUAAAAACAUGAAAAGUCAUCGAGUCUGAACAUCCUCCUUGUUGUAAAGUCUAAGAACUUUAUUAACUUGUUAGACCUUAAUUGACUCAUUAGAACUCAGAUAAAGUAUUGUCAUUAGUAAUAAGUUUUUUAGAGAAUUGUCAGCUCCCUUACUCCUUUGCUCUUAGUCCUUGUGAAUGAACUGUUAUUAAUAUUACCAAAUGUAUUUUGAUAUAAACCUGUGAUUUGUCUUGCAACUGGAA